AUGUUAUUCCCAUCAGAAGCUGAACAAAAUUUGUUAGAUGGUUCUACCACUAGAACUGCAGAAUUGCUCUUAAGGGAUACAGCAAUAUUUGAUCGAAAUAAUAAUAGUAGUAGUAAUAAUUCUAGUAAUACUAAUGACAACACCACAAAUUAUUAUGAUUCAAAUUAUAGAUCUUCACCAGAUUUACAACAAAACUUAUCGAUUCAUAUUAAUAAAGCAAUUAUGCAAUUAAAUUUUGAAACUGCAAUUUUUUUAUCAGAAUUAUAUUAUACAGAAUGUUUAGGUUUACCAAUAUCUUCAAUGAAUAGAAUUCAAUCAGUUUAUCUUUAUUCCCUAUCAUUAUUUAUGGGACAACAAUAUGAAACAGCUACAGAAAUUUCUGAACGUUAUAAGAGUACACAUAUUGCUAUUGCUUAUUUAUAUGCCCGUUGUUGUUUAAAAUUAAAUAAAAAUGAAGAAAAUGCAUGUUUAUAUCUUGUUAUUCAUUUAGAUUCUUUUAUUAAAAAUGAAUUAAAGGAUAAGGAUAUUUUCAUAUUUAUGCCAAAUCUAGCUACAAUACAUUCAUUAAUUGGUGAAUUAUAUCGUAAAACAGAUAAUAUUAAAUCAAGUGUUAAUCAUUAUUUAGAAGCAAUUAAAAAAGAUCCUUAUUUAUGGCAAGCUUUAAUGGCUUUAAACGACAUGAAAGCAAUAAUUGAUUUAAAAAAAUUAUUUAAUAUUAAUUUAGAUUCAUCAUUAGAAAAUGGAUUAGGUCCCUUGAAAACAGAUUUGGUUAAACAAGUUAAUAAUGGCGUCAAUCAACGUUCUACCAAUAAUAAUGGGAAUAUAAAUAGACAAUCAAAUGAGGAUAAAAAUAGAAGUUAUGAUACUAAAUCUUUAUUAUAUAAUACAUUAUCUCCAUUUAGAUCUAAUAGUAAUAAAUCUAAGACUGGUAAAGAUAAUAUUAAUGAUAUAUCAUCACAAGAUAUUAAUUUAAAUUCAAUAAGGAAAACCAAUUAUUCUAGUAAUCGUCAACCUGUCUUAUCAAUGCAUCAAGAACAAUCAAAUCCUUUGUUUUCUAAUAAUGGUACAAAUGUAUCAAUGAAUACACCACAACAUCAAUCGCAUACAAGAUCUACAAGAAGAAAUGGAGAUAUUACAGGGAAUGUUAACAAUACAUUAGAUAUUCAUUCAACCGGGUCAACAAUUAGAAACAGUAACAAUACUGAUGACAAUAAUAAUAACAAUAAUAACAAUAAUAACAAUAAUAAUAUUAGUUUAGGAUCUAUCCCAACUAUAAUCAAAAACAAAAUAUUAACUACCCCUCCUGCUAAACUUAAUAUCGAAACUCAAAGGACAACAUUUAAGACUCCACGAAAUAAGACGGGAUUCAAUUCUCAAGGAAUUGCCACUACUGCAAAGAGAGUAUUGUCAGGACAAGCUAUGAGUAGUAAUAAUACAAUAAAUUUCAACGUCCCCAAUGGAGGUAGUUUGAAUACUAAAGGAGGUGUAUUUGGGGAAGAACCUAGUAGUGUCACUGAAUGCAAAGAAUUUAAAACAUUAAUUUAUACUUUGGCUAAAGUAUUAAAGGCAUCAUCUCAAUAUAAUUCUUAUAAUGCAAUUAGAGUAAUGAAUUCACAACUACCGUCUCAUAUUUUGAAUAAUAUGCCUUGGUGUCAAGCUCAAUUGGGAAAAUUACAUUUUGAAAUUGUCAACUAUGAUAUGUCAUUGACAUAUUUCACCAAUUUAAGACGUCUUCAAAAUACAAGAUUAAAAGAUUUGGAAAUAUUUUCAACUCUAUUGUGGCAUUUAGAUGAUAAAGUAAACUUAUCUAAUUUAUCUUCAGAACUUUUGGAUGCCUACCCAAAUUCACCUCAAACAUGGUGUGUCUUGGGUAACUACUUCUCACUUCAGAAGGAUCAUGAUCAAGCCAUUAAGGCUCUGAGUAAAGCAACGCGGUUAGAUCCUUCAUUUGCAUAUGCAUACACGUUAUUGGGUCAUGAGCAUGCUAAUAAUGAACUUUUUGAUGUUGCAAAAACAUUCUACAGAAAGGCUUUAGCAUGUGACCCACAACAUUAUAAUGCUUACUAUGGGCUAGGAAGUUGUGCCUCCCAGUUGGGUAAAUUCGAAGAAGCUUUGUUAUAUUUUGAAAAAGCAAGAAUGAUUAACCCUGUAAAUGUUGUGUUGAUAUGUUGUUGUGGUACAGAAUUAGAAAAAUUAUUUCAUAACGAAAUGGCGUUAAAAUAUUAUGAAAUUGCCUGUAAAUUGGACCCAAAAUCUGUAUUGGCAAAAUAUAGACGUGCAGAAUUAUUAUAUUCAAUGAAUAGAUACAGUGUAGCACUAGGACAAUUCGAAGAUUUAAUUAAAUUAGAUUCAGAAAAUCCAAAUUUGCAUUUUAUGUUGGGUAAAAUUCUACAAGCACUUGGAAGGAAAAAAGAUGCCAUCAGAGAGUAUACAAUUGCACUUCAUUUGGAUCCUAAAGGAAACCAAUUUGUAGUUGAAGCUCUUGAGAGUUGUCACAUGCAAGAGUAG